GCAAAACUGGAGCCCCAGCCGUGCUGCUCGUGAGUGACCAGCCCCAGGGGACAGUCGGGGAGAGAAAACGUAUCUGAUUCACUGACAAGACCAUAAUCUGAUCCCAAAGAUGUGCUCCACGAACCCAGGCAACUGGGUCACAUUUGAUGAUGACCCUGCUUUUCAAUCUUCUCAAAAGUCAAAGAAUUUCCCUCUGGAGAAUCAAGGCAUCUGUAGGCCAAACGGACUUAAGCUGAACCUUUCUGGUCCUAAGGAAUUUCCCAGUGGAGCUUCCUCCACCAGCAGUACCCCUCUCUCCUCUCCCAUCAUAGACUUUUACUUCAGUCCAGGACCUCCAAGUAACUCUCCUCUUUCUACACCUACCAAAGACUUCCCAGGUAUUCCUGGUAUCCCCAAAGGAGGGACUCAUGUGCUUUAUCCUAUUCCAGAAUCAUCUUCAAACAGUCCACUCACAACACCAGGAGCAGGUUCUUCCUUAUUGCCUACUAAACCAACCUGUUUGUCCCAUGCUUCCUUACCUGAUGACCACACAUGUACGCAUCCAGCUCCCAAAGUGGGUCUUCCAGAUGAAAAUAGCCCUCACCAGGCUGAAAGCCUAGGGUUCCAGAGUGAUGCUCCCCAGUUUCAGUAUUUUCGGGAGGACUGUGCUUUUUCAAGUCCAUUUUGGAAAGAUGAAGGCAGUGCUUCCCAGUUCACCUUGGACCCUCCAGGAAGCAGAAAGAUGUUCCAAUUAAGAGACAAAGAGAUGCCUAUUGAUCAAAAAAGUUUAAAUCAGUGUUCACUCAACUACAUCUGUGAGAAGCUUGAACAUCUCCAAUCAACUGAGAACCAAGACUCAUUUGGGAAUUUGUCUAUGCAAUAUCUGUAUACUGAAGACACUGCCUCUUCCUUUGUUCCCCACACGCUCUUCAGGAGUCAGCCAAAAACCGGAUGGUCUUUCAUGCUGAGAAUUCCUGAGAAGAAGAACAUGAUGUCUUCCCGUCAGUGGGGACCAAUUUUUCUAAAGGUCUUACCUGGAGGAAUUCUACAAAUGUAUUAUGAGAAGGGGUUAGAAAAACCAUUUAAAGAGUUACAGCUCGAUCCACAUUGCAGGCUUUCUGAACCCAAAGUUGAGAACUUUAGUGUGGCAGGAAAAAUCCAUACUGUGAAGAUUGAACAUGUGUCUUACACAGAAAAAAGGAAAUACCAUUCUAAGACAGAAGUAGUUCACGAGCCAGACAUAGAACAGAUGCUGAAGUUGGGGUCUACAGAGUACCACGACUUCCUUGACUUUCUGACUACUGUGGAGGAGGAGCUGAUGAAGCUGCCAGCUGUUUCAAAACCAAAAAAGAACUAUGAGGAACAAGAAAUUUCCCUGGAAAUUAUGGACAACUUUUGGGGUAAAAUCACUAAAGAAGAAGGAAAAUUGGUUGAAAGUGCUGUGAUAACUCAAAUCUGUUGCCUCUGCUUUGUGAAUGGGAACACGGAAUGCUUUUUAACCUUGAAUGACCUUGAACUGCAGAAGCGAAAUGAACGCUAUUUUGAAAAAGACCCAGAAAAGAAGGGGAUUGAUAUUCUUGACUAUCAUUUUCAUAAGUGUGUGAAAGCACAAGAAUUUGAGCAAUCAAGAAUCAUUAAGUUUGCACCUCUGGACGCCUGCCGGUUUGAGCUGAUGCGUUUCAAGACUUUGUAUAAUGGGGAAGAUCUUCCUUUUUCCCUGAAGUCUGUAGUGGUUGUCCAGGGGGCAUAUGUGGAGCUUCAAGCCUUUGUCAACAUGGCCCCAUUGGCUCAGAGACCAUCCCACGCCAGUUCCUUGAGGUCCUGUGACAAUAUAAUGAUACACUUUCCUGUCCCAUCACAAUGGAUCAAGGCCCUCUGGACCAUGAACCUCCAGAGGCAGAAGUCCCUGAAAGCCAAAAUGAACCGCCGGGCAUGUCUGGGGAGUUUAUAUGAACUUGAAUCUGAACCUGUCAUACAGGUCACUGUGGGGUCAGCAAAAUAUGAGAGUGCCUACCGGGCCGUGGUAUGGAAGAUAGACCGGCUUCCUGAUAAAAAUUCAAGUCCUGAUCAUCCCCAUUGUCUGUCUUACAAACUAGAACUUGGAUCAGACCAAGAAAUUCCCUCUGAUUGGUAUCCGUUUGCUACCGUUCAGUUUGGGAUGCUUGAUACCUGUGCCUCAAGGACAGAAAUCAGGUCUCUGGGGGUGGAGAGUGAUGUUCAGCCACAGAAACAUGUUCUUCAGCGAGCUUGCUACAACAUUCAGGUUGAAAUAGAAAAGAAGUGGAUUAAAAUCGAUGGAGAAGACCCAGAUAAAGCUGGUGACUGCGUAACUCAGUAGGAGUAGCAAGAGUAAAUGAUAACGCCCCACUUUGCAAAUAUGUGCUUCACAGAAACCACACCAACUUCUGCUACUGCAUAGUGGAAAUGACUUCUGAAUACAGAACUUAGGACAGGGCCAAUGGCUGUGUUUAGAGGAGUUAAGACCUGAAACUGAACAAUCUAUAUUUUAUACUUUUGACAUAUUUGUGCCCUAGAGGUUUGAUCUAAAAUGUGUCUAUAAUUUGUGUGAUGUUUUUGCUUCCUAGUGAAACUCAAGGGCACUGUUAUUCAGUGUGUGACCCAACAGCCAGCUUGGCUAAAGGGUUUUUAAUUUUUGAUUACUCAGUGGCCGAAGGUUUUGCACUCUGGAUUACCUAGGUGCCAUAUUUAUUAUCCUCCAGUCCUCCUGUCUUCUUGCUGUGUUAGCACCUGUACCGGAGGGUGAGGCAAUCAAAGGAGGCAUAAACCAAAAUACUUCAUUUUCCCUUUUGCUUAUCUCUGAAAUGUAGCUAGGUGUAGGAUAAUACUGAAACCACAGGCUAAAAUGGAGAUGUGGAAGUAUCUGUGGUUUUGAAUUAUUUAUCUUCCUGUCCUAUUACCACAUUGGUGAGUAAUCAUCAGCUGUAUUUGGUACCUGUCUUUCCCCCAUGGUAUUAUCAUUUUCAAAAUCUAUUUGUAUUCUGGUGCGUGUUGCAAUGAAGCUAUUUCUGUUGAUAUACAUAUUUUAGUAUAAGUCACUAAGACAUAUUACCUUUUGCUUGGAGAGAUUCUUUUCAAAAUGGAAUCCCAGUCUUCGACACUAGUUGAAAUAUUUAUGCACAUUAAAGAUGAAUUUUUAAAGUUCAUGCAUAUUGUUUCCCAAAAGUACAGACUCUAAGAAUGUAUUUUGAUAAAGUAUUAUUUGUAAUUAACACAAACCUCUCUUGAGUAGAAGUCUAAAUCAUAUUAUGAUUGUUUUAUGCUAGUUCUGCUAUCAUGUUAUUUAUGCUACUUCUGCUUAAUCUAGAGUAUUUUUCCUUAAAAGAUGAUCAGAAUGAAAGACACUAGAUUAUUUUACCUAGAUUUCUAAGAGUUGACAUUUCUAUUCUUCAAAGUCAGGUAAAUGUUUGGUUUCUAAUGAAAAUCCAAUGGCAUUAGCAGUUAUAAUUCUGUUUAUAAUUUCCUUCCAGUAUUUACAGUGAAAGGUCAGACUUGAAAAAUUUAUGAAAUCUAUGUUCUAGGUAUUUUUUAGUCUGAAAAACAAAGUCUUUCAUGUGGUAUUAAUACAUCUUCAAUGUAUGUUGAAUCUUAAAUAUGAUUAGGAGGUAUUUUUCUCUGCUUACUAGAUUUGUUUUGAGUCAAAACUGAUAUAAUAAUGUUCUUCCAGACAGCAUUUGUAUGUGGGCCCACAGAGUUUAUGGCCUAUGUUUUAUUUAAUAUUGUAUUACAUACUUUUUAAUCUGUUCAAAAAGCAGAUUAAAACAAGCAUUUAUGAUGGUCUGUAUCAAUCAGCAGAAUUUAUUGCUUUUCAUUAUUUUGCUGUAAAGGCAAAGAAUGCAAAAGUUAACUGAUAAAAUGAAUUGGUAUUGCUCUUUUUAACUUCACUUGAUGCAUUGCGCAUAAUAUCAUAUGCUUUAGACUCACUGUUGAUGUAUAAGAGGGCAAAUCUGUGUGUACGUCAUUUAAA